AUUCUGUUUUACUUAUAUAUCCCCUUCAGUCGCUGCGUGCAGCCUUUAUUGCAACACGUUAAGGUCCAUUUGUCAUCUAUUUCACAUUACAAUCCCAUUAUAUAUUAUUAAACUGCACUAUAAUAGUGUUCUAAAAAUAAAUACAAAUGUAAUGUAUACUUUUGCGCUGUAACUAAGAAAUGUACAAUCGUAAAGAUUGUUUUCAGUGCUUCCGCCCAAAAGCCCUGAUUUCGAAUCUUGACAUCUGUGACGUCACUAGAGGAAAACAAAGCACAAACUUACACACAAUAUUGCUCUGUAUCCAGCUUGUUUAACAGACCUCUAGAGGUACAGACGUGCUCAAAUUUGUUGGUACCCUUACAGCUCAUUGAAAUAAUGCUUCAUUCGUCCUGAAAAGUGAUGAAAUUAAAAGCUAUUUUAUCAUGCCUUUGGUAUGUCAUAGAAUAAAGCAAAGAAUCUGUGAAAAGAAAUUAAUUAUUGCUUAUUCUACAAAGAUAUUCUAAAAUGGCCUGGACACAUUUGUUGGUACCCCUUAGAAAAGAUAAUAAAUAAUUGGAUUAUAGUGAUAUUUCAAACUAAUUAGUUUCUUUAAUUAGUAUCACACAUGUCUCCAAUCUUGUAUUCAGUCAUUCAGCCUAUUUAAAUGGAGAAAAGUAGUCACUGUGCUGUUUGGUAUCAUUGAGUGCACCACACUGAACAUGGACCAGAGAAAGCAAAGGCGAGAGUUGUCUGAGGAGAUCAGAAAGAAAAUAAUAGACAAGCAUGGUAAAGGUAAAGGCUACAAGACCAUCUCCAAGCAGCUUGAUGUUCCUGUGACAACAGUUGCAAAUAUUAUUAAGAAGUUUAAGGUCAAUGGAACUGUAGCCAACCUCCCUGGGCGCGGCCGCAAGAGGAAAAUUGACCCCAGAUUGAACAGAAGGAUAGUGCGAAUGGUAGAAAAAGAACCAAGGAUAACUUCCAAAGAGAUACAAGCUGAACUCCAAGGUGAAGGUACGUCAGUUUCUGAUUGCACAAUCCGUCGCUUUUUGAGCGAAAGUGGGCUCCAUGGAAGAAGACCCAGGAGGACUCCACUUUUGACAGAAAAACAUAAAAAAGCCAGACUGGAAUUUGCUAAAAUGCAUAUUGACAAGCCACAAUCCUUCUGGGAGAAUGUCCUUUGGACAGAUGAGUCAAAACUGGGGCUUUUUGGCAAGUCACAUCAGCUCUAUGUUCACAGACGAAAAAAUGAAGCUUUCAAAGAAAAGAACACCAUACCUACAGUGAAACAUGGAGGAGGCUCGGUUAUGUUUUGGGGCUGCUUUGCUGCACCAGGCACAGGGUGCCUUGAAUCUGUGCAGGGCACAAUGAAAUCUCAAGACUAUCAAGGCAUUCUGGAGCGAAACAUACUGCCCAGUGUCAAAAAGCUCUGUCUCAGUCACAGGUCAUGGGUCCUCCAACAGGAUAAUGACCCAAAACACACAGCUAAAAGCACCCAAGAAUGGAUAAGAACAAAACAUUGGACUAUUCUGAAGUUGCCUUCUAUGAGUCCUGAUCUGAAUCCUAUCGUACAUCUAUGGAAAGAGCUGAAACUUGCAGUCUGGAGAAGGCACCCAUCAAACCUGAGACAGCUGGAGCAGUUUGCUCAGGAAGAGUGGGCCAAACUACCUGUUAACAGGUGCAGAAGUCUCAUUGUGAGCUACAGAAAACGUUUGAUUGCAGUGAUUGCCUCUAAAGGUUGUGCAACAAAAUAUUAGGUUAGCGGUCCCAUCAUUUUUGUCCAUGCCAUUUUCAUGAAGUCUGAUUUCUAUUAAAUAUGGAAUAAAUAAUGGUGGAUGCCAAUUACUUUUGUCAGUUACAAGUUAUUUCAGAGAAAUUGUGCAUUCUUCGUUUUUUUGUGGAGGGGUACCAACAAAUUUGAGCACGUCUGUAUAUAUUGAACAUAUUAUUAAAUUUAACCGACUUACUUAUAAUAUUCUUAUUGUUAUUCAUAAUUUUAUUAGGCCUAAUGUUUAUAUAUAAUACUAUUAAAUUGUUACUAACACAGUUAAAAAAAAAAUAAUAGGCCUAUUUUAGCGAUGGUUAAACGGUGUGCUGUAAUGUUUUGUGGUAAUUCCACAUACAGUGGACAUAGUGUCCACCUAUUUCCAAAUGAUCCUGUUAAAAGGUGACUUUGGGUCAAGUUUGUCCAAGUUAAAAGGAAAGCUUUUCAUGAGACGUCCAAUUCCGUGAUUUGCGGCGCUCAUUUCACGUCCGACAGCUUUGUUAAUGAAAUGCAAUUUGCGACGGGUCUCAGUCGUAGAAGAGAUUUGAAAAGCGGGGCAGUACCGACUAUACAGCCAGUACACACGGAAGAGCAGAUAAGAAAGGAGAGAAAAAGACGAAGUAAGCUACCGGGGAAGAAGAGAGACAGGUGGAGUGUCUCUUCAUAUAACACGCCAGUGUGUUUGUCUAGAGCUGCAGUUGUCAAUAAGAGGCCAAGAAGCCAAGCCGUUAAGAAAGUGGAGGUUGCUAGAGACUUUAGUUCUGAAGAGGCAACAUUUGGAUCCAGUAUGGAGCCCAUUGCAGAGCAGGUGGCUGAACUGAAACUUAUCCAGAUUAAAGAGGAGGUCUCUGAACUGGAAAUCGACCCUGUUGAGAAAGAGUCCCCGGAACUGGAGAAUAUCUGCAUCAAAGAGGAAGAGGAGGCUGAAGGGGAAUCGCUUUACAUCAGGAGAGUGAUUGUGGAGUCGGAUUAUGUCUACGUUAAACCUGAAGAAUCUGACCUUGAAGUUUCAAUUGAAGGACUGAAGUCUCAAGACACUAAUGUUAAGAAUGGAAUGGGAUCUGUCCAGUUGGAAUAUCACAUCUCUCAGCCAGACACUGUCCAAAUGCAUCCUUCACUGCAAGGUGAGGAGAUACCUUUGGUGACCACAGUGCUUCCAACCAAUGAGUCAAAUACAGAAUCUAAAACCAAAAGUGGCAGGCAUGUGGGACGACAUCAGUGUAUUGAAUGUGGGAAGAGUUUCGUACAAUCCUACAACCUUAAAGUUCACCAGAGGACUCACACAGGAGAGAAGAUGUACCCCUGCACCAACUGUGGAAAGACCUUCAGUCAAAUCGGCAGCCUUAAAAAACACCAGCUGACCCACACCGGAGAGAAACCGUAUCAGUGCUCUGAAUGCGGGAAGAGAUUUAGCCAGACCAGCAACCUGAACACCCAUCGGAGAAUUCACACGCGGGAGAAGCAGAACCGCUGCAGCGACUGUGGGAAAACGUUCAAUAACCUGAGCAACUUGAGAGCGCACCAGAAAAUCCACACGGGAGAGAAGCCGUACCUCUGCCCCGAGUGUGGACAGAGUUUCAGUCUCUUCUGGAACCUGAAGAGACACCAGAAAGCCCACGCAGGAGAGAAGCAGUAUUGCUGUAUGGAAUGCGGCCGGACUUUCAGUCAGUUCAGCUCCCUUAAAAGACACCGGAAAGUCCACACUGAAGAGAAACCGUAUCACUGUACGGAGUGUGUCAAAACCUUCAGGACAUACAGAUCCCUGAAAGGACACCAGAAAAUUCACACAGGAGGGAAACUGUGACUCUCCUAAAUGCGGCAAGACUUGUAGUCACUGAGACUCUGUUAAAAAACACAGGAGAGACAUCAUGGGCUUGAAGACAAAGUGGAAGGCAAUUUACUGACUUUAGAAAAUGAAAUGCUGUGCCAUUUAUAUUAUAUGCAAAAUCCAUGCUGAAUGCGCUCAGAUCCACAGACAUGAAGAUAUUUUAACAUGAUAUUUUACUUUGAUCUGAAGUGCUUUAAAAUGCUCCAACUUGACAGCAGUACGUUUCUAAAACACAGAUGAUGAUGUAGAACUCAGACCCACACUUCAUAUCCCUAGUCCAAUUGCGGUCUCUUUGCAAUGACAGACAUUUCGAAUAAAAGUUUCUUUUCAUCUCCUCGUUGAAGGCAUUGAAAAGGCACCGAGUGGAAACGUCGUUGAAUGGGUUCGGUUUCUUUUAGUAUUUCUAAAUGGAGCACUGUUGAGUGCUUUCGAGUUAUGGAUGUUGUUGAUAACCAAGACUCAUGGACUUGUCCUUUAUCCCAACAUCAGCUUGUCAAUGAGAUGUAAAAGUCGAGAGCUGUUAUAAGACAGGAAUUGGAUUAAAAAAUUACUGCUUUUAUAAGAAGAAAAAAAAUUAAUUAAUUAAUUAAUUAAUUAAUGUUAUUAAUUAGUCAUCAGAUGUUUUUAUCCAAAGUGAUUUAGAGACUAGGGGGUGAACUAUGCAUCAUCAGCUGCUGCUGCAGAGUCACAGUAGGACCUCAUUUGUUUUACAUCUCAUGCAAAGGAUGGAGCACAAGGAGGUGAAGUGACUUGCUCAGGGUCACAUACACAGUGAGUCAGUGGUUGAGCUGGUAUUUUGAACUGGGAUCCUGCUGGUAUCAAGCCAUUUUCUUUAAGCACUGGACCAGCAAGCCUCCAUAAUAUAUUUCAAAUAAAAGGAAUAAAGGUUUAAACAAUGCAAUUGUCAUUCUUUAUAUAUUUGCUUCAUUAUUUGGUAGAAAUGAUAUCUGUUGAUAAACUAAAAUGAAUUUUGGAGGGCUGUGAGGCCCUGUGAAUGUGAUAAUCUAUAUAUUGUGUAUGUGUGUUUUUAUUCUUGUAUUUUGAGUUAGUUUGGCUGGGAUGGGGUUCAAAUCCCAUCCCUGCAAAAUCCACAUGCAGAAUGUGACCAGGUCCUAAUUGAAUAAUUGAUAGUCGAUUAAACCUGGCAACACGGUAUAGAAGAGGAACCAGUUCCUUUGACCUGGGAGAGUUAGUUUAUGAGCAGGAAUGGGAGCAGCAGGUUGUGCUCCCUGGCACUGCUCUGAGAUGCCCCUUGCUUCAUUGUUUUGUGUAUUUUGUUUACAUCUGAAAACAAAUGUGUGAAAAACAUAUUAAAAACUGCAGUCUUUGUCUC